AUGUUAGACCUUCACGUAUGGGGUUCCGCAUUUGGCCUCCCGUCCAUUGACCCCGAGUGCCUUGCUAUCAUCACAUACCUGCACAGCAGCCUCCCUGUAUCAGCCUGGCGCCUGAUUCCAAGCAACGAUCCUUCCGUCAGCCCGUGUAACACUCUACCAGCAUUGUAUCAUGAGGGCGUAUGGGUAUCAGGCUUCGGUCCUAUUGUCGAGUACUUGACUGACAAGUCCAUCGGUGACAAUCUGGAUGCUGGCCUGACCGACAUUCAGCAGGCUUAUCGUGUUGCUUAUGCUGCCUUCUUGUCUGCGCACGCUGCUCCAUUGUUGGAUCUUUCACUCUACGUCUCCGCUGCCAACUGGUCAGCCACAACUCGGCCCGCCUUCAGCACUCUAUUAUCUUUCCCAUUGACAUGGACAGUCCCGCCACUGCUCCGUGCCGAGGCUGUAAAACGUGUUGAGCACCUGGGCUUCGCUGAUAUGGAUACCGACUUUGACCCCAAUGGCGGCCUUCACCUCUCCUCUGGGAGAGACGCUUUACCAGAAACAUUCCGAAGACACAUUCCCGUGAGGACAAAGAAGACGAUUCACGAAGAAAUGACCCCUGAACAGGCAGUUCUUAUAAGGUUAUAUGGAAUCACAGAAGACUGUCUCACUGUGUUAGACGAUUUCCUCGACGAGGGGUCCGAGGAGAAGGUGCAUGGUUUCUUCAACGGUACAGAAGUCUCAUCUUUGGACUGCCUAGCCUUUGGCUAUCUCGCUUUGAUGCGUGAUGCUCCCGUACCGAGAUCUUUCUUAAAAGAUUGGCUCAUGAAAAAGACACCUCGGUUGUCCACGUUUGUUGACGGUAUGAAGACAAGAUGUCUGGACAAGUCCAAACUCUUGCCGUGGUUUGAGCCUGGUAAUAACACCGUAUUACGCAUUGGAAGCCGAACUCUUGACAGCAUUCUUCACAACGUUCCUGGUCUGGGUGAUGAGUAUGCGACCGAAGUGCGACGACGUGCUGAAGGAGGUAUUACUGGCAUCGAUGCCAGAUCCCUUAUGUUGGCACUGAGUCUCCUUGCUACAGGUGCAGCUCUUGGCUAUGGCUACCACACAUAUAAGGCACUGCAGCCAUUUGGAUCACGGAUACAAGUGUGGCAUUCACAUAAAAACUAUUCGAAACUCAGUGAGUUUGGCGCGCUGGGUUCCAUGUUGGGCAGUGUAUUAGGAGGACCAGUGGAAGUACCUAGACCUUCUCAUCCGUCAAACCAGGCUCGGUUCGUCGAGACCGAUACAGACGUGGACUAG